AUGCAUGUGUGUAGCAAUCAUUUUGAACGAAGCAAUUAUUUCCCAACAAAUGGGCCUAACCAGAAACCCAAAUUAAAAAAGAAUGUGGUCCCUUCACAAAAUUUGCCUGUCAGGACCCAUGAUAGGUGUGAGCUCUCUCCUGUCAAACGUCGAAAGCAAGCAAGGAGUGACAGGGCAGCAAAGCGGGCUAUUUGGAGCAAUAUCACUUCUGAAGAAGCAAAUUCCAGCAAUGAAAACGAAGCUCCAGGAGAUCAGGAACAAGGGUCUGAGACUUGUUUUGAGAACACUAACACAGAAGGUGAUGACAGUUGGAGGGAUGUACCUCAGGUGGCAGAUCUCGCUCCCAGGGACCGAAUUAAACUGGCUGAGAUCGGUAUCCAGGUUGGAGAUAAUCUGCCAUCACUUGUUAUCAGCAUAAUGGAGACUGACAAGAAAUUGAAAAGUACAACUGGCCUCCAUUCUGUCAAGUUGCUUGAUUCCCUCACUAAGUGUGCUGAUGAAAUUGCUCCUGAUAAUCCUUGCAAGAAACUUCAAAUGAGUACUAAAAGCAGAAUAGUGCUGACCAUGAUGAAGAUCAAACUUUCAAUUAGCUUUUCUUCAUUAGCUGUGCUUUUUGACAUAAAUAUUCAGACUUGCUGCAACUACAUUUAUGACAUGAUUGCCGUUCUUUCCAAAAUUCUAAAGUGCAUGAUAUUUUGGCCAAGCAAGGAGGAGAUACUCAUGAAUAUGCCAAAGUGUUUCAGAGGUUUUGGUAAAACAAGAGUAGUACUUGACUGUUACGAGAUACCAGUUGGGAAGCCUAAAUGUAUUGUGUGCAGAGUAAAAACCUACUCUCAUUACAAGAAAGGUCACACUGCCAAGGUUUCCAUGAACAUUACUCCAUCAGGUCUCAUCUGUCUGUGUUCUGUUGCCUUUGGUGGAAGGGCCUCAGACAAGGUAAUUACUCAAAACACAGGUGUUUAUGAUAAAUGUGAUCCUGGGGAUGGAAUUAUGGUUGACAAGGGGUACCACAUUGAAGAGGAAUGUGAAAACAAUAUGCUAGUGCUGAUUCGACCCCCUUUCCUGCGCAAUAAUAGAAAGUUUAGUAGAGCAGAAGCUGUGCAAUGUGCCAAGAUUGCCAGGGCCAGAGUUCAUAUAGAGAGAGUUAUUCAAAGGGUCAGGUGCUUCAAUAUUUUAAAGAGCAGAAUUCCCUGGAAUUUAGUACCUUUCAUUGAUGACCUUGUCAUUAUAGUUUCAGCCCUGGUCAACUUAGGAAACCCUAUUUUGGCUAGGAACAAGUAUUGA